UAUACAUAAAGAAUUAAUAUUAAGACAAAUUAGCGUUUUAAAAGCGCGAGCCGAGUUCGAAUUUCUUUUUCUGUGUUCGAAAAUUCCAUAAUUAGAGAAAUUAAAACGAACUUUGACAAUGAUAAGUGAAUGUGCUGAUGACUCUCACAAAGAGAGAAGACUUAAUUGGAUGCUGGAUGACGAAGAAGAAAAUGUGGAAGAUAAAACUGCUGAAAAUGAACCGAAUGUGGAAGGAAGAAUUCGAAUUAAAAAUAAAUUGUCGUUCAAUAAAUGCGUAAUGAGUUGUCAAGGUAUAAAAAGUGAAAAUAUAGUGGCUGUAGGGCUAUUGGACGGAAGAAUUUUAUUAUAUAACAUAACCGAUGGGCUGUUAAUUACCACUCUUAUUGAUUCUGAUCUAAAUAAGUAUUCUGCUGUAAUGGCUAUUUACUUUCUUUCUGAAGAUUCGGCCAGUCCGUUACAUCACAUUAUGAUUGCGAUAUAUAAUUCUGGGCACAUCAAAUUUUGGGAUUACCUCGCUCAUGUGUGUUUGCAAACGAUUAAAGAAGAGCAGGAACUAAUGGAUUGUGCAAUAAAUCCAGAAAAUACUAAGUUUGCAACAGCUGGAACUAUUCCAAAAUUAGGAAUAUACGACAUUGAAACCAAACAGAAAAUAAAUACUUUAGAAGCAAGUUUUGAUUUAAGGAAGGUUGAUGGUCACAGAUCAAAAGUGUUUACUGUUAAAUAUCAUCCUAGUGUAAAUAAUGUGUUACUAAGUGCUGGUUGGGAUAAUACUGUUCGGUUUUGGGAUGAUAGACAGAAAAAUUCUAUAAGAAGCAUAUUUGGACCUAGCGUUUGUGGAAAGGGACUUGAUAUUUUUGAAGGUCAGAUACUUACUGCUUCCUGGAAACCAAGAAAUAAUUUAGAGGUGUGGAGUUUUGAUAGCGGGAAAAAGAUUAGAGAAGUCUAUUCUGAUUUACAUCAUACUUAUUAUUUUUGCAGCCAGUGGAUAAAUAAUCAUUUCAUUGUAGCUGGUGGCUCUGAAGAAAAUCUAAUGUGCCUUGUUGAUUGUUACAGCUGGCUGAUAUCGGGGAGUUUAUUUAAUCUCGUCGAUCCAGUGUAUUGUCUUCAUGCUUUUCAAUAUCCCAUGAUUAUAUUUGUGGGUUCUGGGCAGAAAUUAUAUAUGAUUGAUUCAUUAUACAAGGAAAGACGAAAUUAGAAAUAUUCAAGUUGAAUUAAGCAAUAAAUUUUCU